ACAACCGCUAGUGAGCAAUAUGGCCGACCUAGGGAAGAAGUACUGCGUGAACUGCCUAGAUGAUGUUACGAAUUUGCGGAUUCGCUGUGCCGAAUGCCAAGAUAUUGAACUUUGCCCGGAGUGCUUCUCCGCGGGCGCCGAAAUCGGCAACCACAGGCGAUGGCACGGUUAUCAGCAAGUUGACGGCGGGCGCUUCUCGCUCUGGGGUCCCGAAGCAGAGGGAGGAUGGACUAGCAGGGAAGAGCAGUCGCUGCUCGAUGCCAUCGAGCAAUAUGGAUUUGGUAACUGGGAGGAUAUGGCUGCCCAUGUUGGUGCAUCACGCACCCCUCAGGAGGUCAUGGACCAUUAUGUUUGCAUGUAUAUCCAUGGGAAUCUGGGUAAAGCCUGCAUCCCUGACAGCAUCCCUAAACGCGUGACAGACCAUACUUGUCUUAGUGGAGGUCCCUUGUCCCCUAGUUUGACCACUCCAUUGUCCCCACUUGAUAUAUCUGUGGCCGAGCAGCAGCAGCUUGGAUACAUGCCUCGUGAUGACUACGAGAUUGAAUAUGACCAGGAGGCGGAGAAGCUCAUCAGUGGCCUGUCUGUGAACUAUGAUGAUGAAGAUAUAGAGAUUGAGAUGAAGCGAGCCCAUGUGGACAUGUAUGUGCGUAAGCUACGUGAGCGUCAGCGACGCAAAAAUAUUGCUCGUGACUACAAUCUAGUGCCAGCCUUUCUGGGCCGGGACAAAAAAGAUAAAGAGCGAGAGCGGCCUGGUGGGACAGGAGCAGUUGGAGGGGUGGGUGGAGUUGUUGGAUUGGGAGGAGGUACUACAAUUAUUCCGACAGGGUCACUGGGCUCCUCUACAACAGCAACCCCAAAACGCAAAAUCAUCAAGGAAGAGAAGGAGCAGCGGACUAAACUGCGUUCCCUCUGCCAGUUUAUGCCACAUCGAGAUUUUGAAGAAUUCUUUGAUAACAUGCACAAGGAGCGCAUGCUGCGGGCAAAGGUUCGGGAGCUUCAGCGAUAUCGGCGGAACGGCAUCACGAGACUUGAUGAGUCAGCCGAGUAUGAGGCGGCACGCCACAAACGGGAAAAACGGAAAGAGAACAAAAGUGUUACUGGCUCAAAGAGAGGGAGUAGCGGUGGAGGAGGAGUAGCCGGGCUAGGAGGAGGGGUUGGAGCAGGGGGUGGGGUUGGUGGAGGAGUCAGUGGCAUUAAAGAGGAGGGGAAGGACAGUGAGUUUUCCGCCAUUGAGAACCUGCCUGGCUUCGAGCUGCUUUCAGAUCGGGAGAAGGUACUGUGUAAUUCGAUGAACCUAUGUCCCACACGUUAUCUGACUGUCAAGACUAUCAUCAUUAAGGAUCACCUUCAGAAAAGGCAGGGCAUUCCCUCCAAAAGCCGCCUACCCAGCUAUUUGGACAAGGUGCUGAAAAAACGUAUUCUGAAUUUCCUAUCAGAGAGCGGCUGGAUAUCCAGAGAAGCCUCCUAAGGUUGGCCAAAAAUUUGGCUUUAAGAAUAAUGACUGUAUAUAUUUUUCUACUGUUUUAUAUUACAUCUCAUAAAACCCUGUGAGAACAUAAAAGGUGCCCCACUAAUGGAGGUGGGCCUUAAAUCCAUCUUGUAUUUUUUUUUUUUUUUUUAUCUCACAUCUCCUCAUAGGAACAUAAACAUUGUGAGAGUUUGCAAAAUGAAUCUUACAGGUUUCAGUUGAAUUCUAACUAUAGAAGGAACACCAGUAUGUAUAGUAUAGGAAGGGGACUUUUGAAUGUGGUGUCCUGCUUAAUAGAUCAUUGUUUUAUAUAUAUA